AUGCUACGAACGGUGCGACCCAAAAAUGCACGCUCAAAACGAGCCCUUGAUGCUCGAGCGCCGAAAGAGAUCGAGGAUGCACGGACUGCGAUCUUCGUAAAAGGAACACAUGCAGGGGAGCGGGUUAGUUCAGUUAUGAAAGAUCUGAUGGCCCUCAAACGACCGCAUUGCAUCUCAUUCUCCAAGAAAAACGAUAUUCACCCAUUUGAUGCCACUACAUCAAGCUCAGGCUCAACUUCACAAUCAUCUUUGGAGUUCUGGGCGGCCAAGAACGAUGCAUCGUUGUUUGUUAUCGGGCAGACGACCAAAAAGCGGCCGCAUGGGCUUACUUUGGUCAGGAUGUAUGAUGGACGGGUGUUGGACAUGUGUGAAGUUGGAGUGGAAGAGCACAAAAGUAUGGAUUCAUUUAAGACACCCAAACCCAGACCAGGCAACAAACCACUCAUGCACUUCGCCUCUGAACUAUUCGACACACAUCCGCGAUUCAUCCAACUAAAAUCCCUCCUUAUAAGCCUCUUCAACGGCGAAGUCAUUGACUCAAUAUGUCUCAAUGGACUCGAGCACGUUAUCAGUGUUUCCCUCUCUCCCACACCCGCCGGACUCACCACCGCCUCCCCUGAGACCACCACCAACCUCAACCUCCCAAAAGUGCACAUACGUGCAUACACUACCCAGCUCCUUCCGUCUGGCACUCGCGUCCCGCGCGUCGAGCUCACCCCCAUGGGCCCCGCCCUCGACUUGGUCAUGCGCAGACACCAGGAUGCGGAUACGGAGACGUGGAAGCAGGCGAUGAAGAGGCCGAAGGUCGUGAAGAAGGACAUUGAGAGCGGGCUGGGGAAGAAGAGGAAGAAUAUGGAGGUGGACGAGAUGGGCGAUCUGAGAGGGCGGGUGCACGUAGGGAAGCAGGAUUUGAGCAAGUUGGUGGGGAAGAAGAUGAAGGGGCUGAAGAAGGGGAGCGGCGACGACAACGCCAUGGACUUGGAUGGGGAAGACGCCUGGGAUAUUGGUGGGAAGAAAAAGAGGAAAAUACAGACAUAG